GCAAAACCUAGAAGAUUACAAGCGCAAGGAAGGUGAGAGAGAAGGGAGGAGAGGAAAGGGACUAGGUAGUUGUGUAAAUUACUUUAGAGAAGUAGGGCGACCGUGUUCCUGUCGAAUUGUAAUUUUCUUCGUAUAGAAGGACGACUGCAUUGCUUGUUGAACUAAUGAAAAUGUUUAAAUAAAGCCAAAUUAUGUUGUCCAGAAGCAGUAGGGUACUUCUCCAGUAGAAAAGGAGACUGUCCGAAAGUCAUGGAGCGCAGAGAAGAUAUAGAAACAAGCUAGCGUCAAACCACUACAACUACGUGCACGGAUCAAGAAACUCCUUGAACCAGGUGGAACCGGUGAGAACAUGGAUUUUAGCACAAUUCGGAACCUCAUCAGCAGAUACUGUACCGGGGAGGACAACUGGGUGGACAACAGGACGGUGUACAUCUCUCACAAGGAGCCCCCGCCCGGAGCAGAGGCUUACAUCCCCCAGCGUUACCCCGACAACCGCAUUGUGUCCUCCAAGUACACGUUUUGGAAUUUCAUACCGAAGAAUUUGUUCGAGCAGUUUAGGAGGAUUGCAAAUUUUUACUUUCUUAUCAUAUUCCUUGUACAGUUGAUCAUUGACACACCCACCAGUCCCAUCACCAGUGGACUGCCUUUAUUCUUUGUCAUCACUGUCACAGCCAUCAAACAGGGUUAUGAGGACUGGCUCAGGCACAAGGCGGACAACUCCAUCAACCAGUGUCCCGUCCUCGUGGUGCAGCAUGGGAAGGUGAUUCGCAAGCAGAGCCGCAAUCUCAGGGUAGGAGAUGUGGUUCUGGUGAAGGAGGAUGAGACCUUCCCAUGUGACCUGGUCCUCCUCUCCUCCAGUCGGGAGGAUGGGACUUGCUUCGUCACCACUGCCAGCCUAGAUGGGGAGUCCAGUCACAAGACCUACUAUGCAGUGCAUGACACUAAGGCCUUCAGCACAGAGGAAGACAUGGACACCCUGCAGGCCACCAUUGAAUGUGAACAACCCCAGCCAGACCUCUACAAAUUUGUGGGCAGAAUCAAUAUAUAUCUGAACAGAGACGAACCCAUCGCCAGGCCUUUGGGGUCAGAGAACCUUUUACUCAGAGGAGCCACACUGAAAAACACAGAGCACAUCUAUGCUGUGGCCAUCUACACUGGCAUGGAGACAAAGAUGGCUCUCAACUACCAAUCGAAAUCCCAGAAACGCUCGGCUGUGGAGAAGUCAAUGAAUGCCUACCUGAUCGUCUACCUGUGCAUCCUGAUCAGCAAGGCUCUGAUCAACACAGCACUGAAGUAUGCAUGGCAAGCCAACCCUGACAGAGAUGAGCCCUGGUACAACCACAAGACCGACAGCGAGAGGCAGAGACACGUUUUGAUAAGGGCAUUCACAGACUUCCUGGCCUUCAUGGUGCUGUUUAAUUACAUCAUCCCCGUCUCCAUGUACGUUACCGUGGAGAUGCAGAAGUUCCUGGGCUCCUACUUUAUCAUGUGGGACGACGACAUGUUCGACGAGGAGCUGGGGGAAAGGGCUCAGGUCAACACCUCCGACCUCAACGAGGAACUGGGACAGGUGGAGUACGUGUUCACGGACAAGACGGGCACCCUGACGGAGAACAACAUGGAGUUCAUCGAGUGCUGCGUGGACGGCCACGUCUACGUGCCCCACGCCGUCUGCAACGGUCAGGUGAUGCCCGGGGCCGUGGGCAUGGACAUGAUCGACUCAUCGCCCGGCCCAGAGGGCAAGGAGAGCGAAGAGCUGUUCUUCCGGGCUCUGUGUCUGUGCCACACGGUCCAGGUGAAGGAGACGGAGACGGUGGACGGCAUCAAGCAGGGCCUCCACCAGGGCAAGGCCACCUCCUUCUACAUCUCCUCCUCCCCCGACGAGGUGGCCCUGGUGGAGGGCAUGAAGAGGCUUGGUUUCACCUAUCUCCGACUGAAGGACAACCACAUGGAGAUUCUAAAUAGGGAGGACGAGAUCGAGAGGUUCCAGCUGCUGGACGUGCUGACCUUCGAUUCAGUCAGGAGAAGGAUGAGUGUGAUUGUGAGAUCCAGCACAGGAGAGAACUACCUGUUCUGUAAAGGGGCCGAUUCGUCCAUCUUCCCCAGGGUCAUCUCUGGCAAGGUGGAGCAGGUCAGGGCCAGGGUGGAGCACAAUGCUGUGGAGGGUCUCCGGACGCUGUGUGUGGCAUACAGGAAGCUGAGUCCUGCCCAGUAUGAGGAAGCGUGUCACCUGCUGAACGGGGCAAAGCUGGCCUUGCAGGACCGGGACAAGAAGCUGGCUGAGGCCUACGACCUCGUGGAGAAGGAUCUCAUCCUGCUGGGAGCCACCGCUGUGGAGGACAGACUCCAGGACAAGGCAGCCGACACCAUCGAGUCCCUCCACAAGGCGGGCAUGAAGGUGUGGGUCCUGACCGGGGACAAGAUGGAGACGGCGGCAGCCACGUGCUACGCCAGCAAGCUGUUCCGCCGGAGCACCGUGAUCCUGGAGCUGACCACGAAGCGCACGGAGGAGCAGAGCCUGCACGACGUGCUGUUCGACCUCAGCAGGACCGUGCUCAGGCAGCAGGGCGGCAUGACCCGGGACAGCCUGUCCGGACAUGUACAGCUUAUCAAUGCCCUCUGGGUGUGUUCCCCCAGCCUGUCAGGAGACUGCCAGGACUACGGCCUGAUCAUCGACGGGGCCACCCUGUCUGCCGUCCUCAAGCCCAGCCAGGACGACUCCAGCUCGGGGAACUACAAGGAGAUCUUCCUGGAGAUCUGCCGUAACUGCAGUGCCGUGCUGUGCUGCCGCAUGGCCCCCCUGCAGAAAGCACAGAUAGUGAAGCUGAUCAAGGCAUCCAAGGAGCACCCCAUCACGCUCGCCAUCGGGGAUGGCGCUAACGACGUUAGCAUGAUUCUGGAGGCUCACGUGGGCAUCGGCAUCAUGGGUAAGGAGGGCCGGCAGGCGGCUAGGAACAGUGACUACGCCAUCCCAAAAUUCAAGCACCUGAAGAAGAUACUGUUGGUGCACGGACACUACUACUACAUCCGCAUCUCUGAGCUGGUCCAGUACUUCUUCUACAAGAAUGUUUGCUUCAUUUUCCCACAGUUCCUCUACCAGUUCUUCUGUGGUUUCUCCCAACAACCGCUGUAUGACACGGCCUACCUGACUCUGUACAACAUCAGCUUCACCUCCCUCCCCAUCCUCCUGCACAGCCUCAUCGAGCAGCACAUCAACAUGGACAUCCUCAAGAAGGAUCCGUCCCUCUACAGAGACAUAGCUAAGAACUCGCUGCUACGUUGGCCUAUCUUCAUCUACUGGACCUUCCUGGGCUUGUUUGACGCUGUUGUCUUCUUCUUUGGUGCUUACUUCCUGUUUGACAACACCACCUUCACCAGCAAUGGACAGAUGUUUGGCAACUGGACGUUUGGGACGCUGGUGUUCACUGUGCUGGUGUUCACUGUCACUCUGAAGCUGGCCCUAGACACGCACUACUGGACGUGGAUCAACCACUUCGUCAUCUGGGGCUCCCUCCUCUUCUACGUCAUCUUCUCCCUGCUGUGGGGGGGCAUCAUCUGGCCCUUCCUGAACUACCAGAGGAUGUACUACGUGUUCAUGCAGAUGCUGUCCAGCGGGCCGGCCUGGCUCAGCAUCAUCCUGCUCAUCACCGUCAGCCUGCUGCCCGACGUGGUCAAGAAGGUGCUCUGUAGAGCACUGUGGCCCACCACCACCGAACGCAUCCAGAAUGCAGACAAGCUGUACAAGGGCCAGCUCUCAGAGUUCACCCCCAUGGCUUCUCUCCACGCCCCCAGGAACAAGAGGGCCGAGCCCCAGAACCUCAACCCAAGGAGGUCUGAACCAUUCACCAAAAAGCUCAUGUUCACCCAGUGGCGGAGGAAGCCCAACUACUGCACUUUCACCCCUCUCAUCCGAUUCGCUGGUAGCUCUCGUCUCUCCAGAGCGGGCUACGCCUACAAUGGGGCGGGUCCUGAGACUUCUGUGUAGACCAGACUAGUCUAGACUUUGCUUUACAAUACAUGUCUGGGACCAGAGCCUACAAUCCUGUCGGUUAUUUAGCCUGCAGUUUGCAAGGCGCCAAUAUCGCCCCCUGGAGGUCUGUGGCCCAAACCCCACCUGUUACACAGGUCCUAUUACUGUAAAAGACUACAGGGGUACGCAUGGAUGCUGUUCUAAGGCUGUGCACUGCAGGGAAACCUGAUGAAACCUGACGGUUCUCAAGAGCACCUAACCGAUAUAUACUUACAGAAGAACAACCCUUUUUCACAGCACACAGGUCCACACACAUCCACCCUGCGCCCCAGCGUUGUAGCUGAGGGGACUCAGAGGAGCCUGUGGGGUCAGCUGUUGGGCUGUUGGGUUGUCAACUCUCCUCGUGAUGUCACAAACAAAUCCCUUAGGCUGUCGAUGGUGUUGCGUGUGCUCUGACUGACCAAAUUGUCCUGUGUCUUCUCUUUUUUUCUUCUUUACUUUGUUCUCUUCCUGUCUGCCUCUUCUAGAACAAACUGGUGUUGCCUCUGUGCAAAUCUGUUUUGGAGGAACACACCAUAGGAUAGAUUUAUCUUAUCCUAUUGCAUUGUAAGUGGCCAGGAUACAGUGGUAGCUCACCUUAGCUAGACAAAAAGCAUUACACUGUGUGUGUCUGUGUGAAUGUGUAUGUGUGUGUGCUUUCUGUAUUUAUAGUUUAGUGUGACUAUUGUGUCUGUUUAAUGUGGUGAAGUAGAAUUAUUCUCCCAGCCCUCCCAUGUGACUCUCCCCUAACUAUGUCACUUCCUUGUAGAAGACCCAUAUUGGGCUUCUCUUAGGCCCAGGACCCCUUGGCAUUAGUAUACUGCACCUACAGUAGGAUCCCUCGUCUGCCUUAAGAUGACAGUAUGCUCUCAGUAAACUGAAACCAAAGGGUUCUGAACAGAAAGACAGUACCGGCUCAAUUCCAUUUCCAUUUCAGUCUUUGUUCCUUUCCCUUUCCUCCUACCCCCUUCCUUGUUCACAUUAUGGAAAAUGCUUGACAGGGAAAGACCAUGGGGCUUUUAAUUACGCACGUUUUUGUCCUUUAGUCUAUUAGGCAUGUUACAUUUGGCGGGGUAGGGGCAGAAAUGGACUUUGCCUAUGAAGACAAGGACAGAUGACGAGGUGUGGUGUAUGUUUGGAACCUAGCCAUUUAGCCUUAAUGCUCACCGGCAGUGAGAAGUAGACUUUGUAUUAAAUCUGGAAGGGAACGUGUCCUUUACCCCCCAAGUAAAGGUGCUAGAAGCCUUAAUGGAGAGAUGGAGUACAGCUACAGCAUGAAUGUCACAUAUAUGUAAGAUACAGUAUAUAUAGUAUAAAAUAAUGAGACUUUAGACUGCGCUUUUUGUAAUAUGGCAUCUGACUAAUUGGGCUUACACCCCUACAAGUGUCACAAGAUGCAUAUAAUAGCCUAACGUUCUUUGUAGAGUCUUCGUAGGUCAUAGAUACAUAUCAUAUUAUAAUCUUGGGCCUUAUUGUAGGUGUUAUCUAUCUCUACGUCCUCAUGUCCUCUGUGCUGUUCUCACCUUCAGAGUCUCCUCGGUUAUUCAUGCCUUCCAUUUUUGCUUUUCUUCUCUGAUCCUCUCCUCACCCUUCGCAUCUCUCCUGUCCUUGAAGCGACACUUUGGCGGAUACAUCCUUUCAGUCCUCCUCCUCCUCCUCUCCUCUUCUCUCAUCCAUUCCUCCAAUCAGCCAAUCAUCCUCUAAUCCAUGCACUGCUUCAGCUUGUUUGGCAUCCCUCAGUCCAUUCAUGCAUCCAUCCAUCCCAAAGAGACACAACCACCUUUAAAGAAAGAAAGAGCAGAGUGGGAGAUAUGUAUGGUACUUGCCCAAAACCAAGGAUUUUAUAGACACAAUUUGAACAGCUUGAAAGGAGGUGCCUUGUGGUACUAUCUGAAAUGUAACUCAGUAUGUGCUCUACAUCUGUUAAAUGUGGUGGUCUGUAUCUGUUAAAGCCACUUCGGGUCACAAUGACCUUUUCUGGUGCUGUGUUGAGCAUGUGGGUGUGCAUAGGAAAUGUCAAGACAUGAAUGAACGUUGUCCUUCUGGAAAGAAAAGGCAUGACUCUUCAUUCAGGACAGACAGACAGUCAGAGCCAUAAUACUGGAAUGUUUUAGCUACCGUUGCGACAAGGUUAACACAGAAUGAAUUCCUAAUGAAUGAUGUAUCUGUGAGUUCUUUUGGAGUGACAAAGCGAAUGCCACUAGGGUCAUGGGUUUGGAUUCAAUGGACUGGGGUCGUCUGUGUGGGCGAUCUGACUGUGACUGUUUCUUUUUAAUGGGGGUGGGGUGUUUUGUGUAUAUUCAUGUUGAGUCACGUAGACUGUUGGCAUGCACUUGCUGUGAGUCACAGAAAGUAUCCCUGGUCCCACAAAGCUUGUGUUUUUGCAGUCUGCAUUCUGAGAGUGGAUAUCAGCAGCAUCUCUAACUGAUGGUUCUGAAACCUACUGGACAAACAUGACGUAUUUGACUCAUUCCCUGUGGCAUCUCAUCUACCAUGUCUGACCUUGCAAUGUACUUGCUUAAAAAAAACUUGCACUGUUUCUUUACCAUGGAAAUUGAUUAUCCGUAUUGAUCAAGUUAUGUGACAUUGAGAUUCAUUGGGUAAAAUUUCUAAAAUCUCGUCUUGUCUUGUUUCUAACUAGUUUCUAAGUUCUUAAUUCUUUUAAGAUCUAUUUUUAUCUUUUGUAUUAGGAGGUAAAUAUUGAUCUUCUGACUAUAAAGUAUUGUGAAAGAUUAUAGAUAAUGUGCAUUUUACUGUUCUAGUUAUGUUUCUUGUUACAAAAAAGAAUCCCUCAGGAUAACAAAUGUAUAAGAAGGCCUGUUUUUAUUAUUACAAAAUACAUCCUAAACCUAUCGGAUCACGUAUCGUCUUAUUGCGGCCAUAAUAGCAGCCACAAAUGCUAUUAAACAAAUGUCUAGCGAAAUCAUUGCUGUUGACUUCAUUUUGAAUGAAUCUGACACUAGACAAUAGAAAAUUAGGGCAUAGAAGUGAUUUAAUGCCCAUUAGAGCCCACCCUUUGAUCAGAAUCAUUUAAAGUAGAUAUUUAAUUUUUUAUUUGCGAUAAAUCAUGUUUUGCUACUUUUCUAUUCAGAUGAAAUGGUCAAUAAACUUGUUAUUUGUUUGAGAUGAGUUUUGUAACAACCAAAAUACACAAAAAAGAUAUAGAAACAACGAGAGAGAACCAUCUAAAUCAAAACAACAUAGCUUUACGAUUCUGCUUCCAACACUAUACUUAAAAACUACGCCUAAGAACUAACCCUAAGUCCUGACUAAAAGAGUUUCUGCCUGUCUGUAGAAGUCAAGUUGUUCUAGGCUUUCUGUACAGCAUUGACUACAAAGGCUGAUAAAUGGUAUGACUAUAUAUUCUCUAUAUUGUCCUACAAUAAUGUUUGUUUGCAGACUUAGUGGCAAGCUUUACUGAUUAACAGAAUGUGUAUUUCUCUUUUUGAAUGCGAUGACAGUGUUAUGAUAUGACUCAUAACCGAGACUAUUUCUGUAAAUCCAUGUAUUUAUCUGUUCAUUCUACAAUAUACAUAAAUAUAUAGCAAUGUUAAAUUAAUGUACAGUUUUGGGGUCUUUUUUGUAUACAGUUUUUAACAGAUUCAUAUCUGUAGACAUCGAUUUUUUGCCAGCCUUUCCGUAGCUUUUAAUGCAAAGAACUGUACAUUGCUUGUAAUAAAAACAAAAAUAAAAAAUCAAUUGUU